CCGAGAGGGUCAGGGGGGAGGAGAUGCAAGGGAGUGGAGCAAGACGACUAGAGGAGGAGAAACACAGGGUGACCAAUUCAGCGGCACCAUCAGUGGACAGCUAGCCCUACCAAUGGUCCUCCACCCUGGACGCUCCCACCGACGACUUCGCCGAAUCGGCUCGUCCGCUGCGGUCGCGGGGAUGAUCACGACCCAGAGAAAACCGUGGAGAUAGGCCUGACAGCAGAGAACGGUCCUCUUAGAAACCUAUGUGCUCUGGCAUAGACAUCUGGAGCUUUGUAGCGCACAUUUUUACCCCAUCCAGUCACUCAAAGUGUGCAGCCUUGCGGUGUGGCUCCGAGGACCCACUCACUCCUUCUAAACUUCGUAUAAAUGAGUGAGCCGGCUGCUUGGGAAAGGGCGGGGACAUGUACCAGAACCCCAACAGAAUGUCCUGGUUCAGUGGUUUCCUAGUCGCCAGAGUGGAUGACCGUAAGACUGCGUGGGGGGAGCGCAAUGGCAAGAAGUCCAAACGGAGGGGAGGCUCAUCUCUCUGCAACCCACGUUACAUGAGUUGUCUGCGGGAUCCAGAUGCUAUGGAGCCUCCCUCAGGCGCACCCCUCCACCAGCACCAUCGUGGAGGGAUGGCGGGGGCCAUGGGAGGUGGUGGCAACUUUGGUGCCCGUUGUGGAUGGCAGGAGGACCACUACGGCAAAAGGGGCAGGCCCCACAGGGAAGGCGUGGGGCUGAAAUCGGUGGACUUGGACUUUGAGGAUGGUGAGCUGAAGGGCGGGAAAGGCGGGUGUAAUGGAGGAAGUGGCGACAUGGGAGACGACAACGGUGCAGCUGGCGUGGUGACGGCUGCCGACUGUUGGCUCAGAGUGGUGCAGGUAUUCCAAUCGAAAAAGUUCCAGUCCCGCAAACUGGAACGCCUAUACCAGCGAUACUUCUUCAGGCUCAACCAGAGCUCUCUGACCAUGCUGAUGGGGGUCCUCGUGAUUGUGUGCGGCAUCAUGCUGACCUUCCACUGUGUCCACUCACCCCCCCACGUGGCCUAUUCGGCCGCCUUGUUGGUGGCAAUGGCGCUUUUCAUCGCUCUUAUGGUGGUGUGCAAUCGAAACGGCUUCCAUCAGGACUACAUGUGGAUGGUCAGUUACCUGGUCAUCGGCGUCUUGGUGUCAGUCCAAGUGUUUGGGGUGCUCAUGGUGGCACCCCGAAGUGCUUCAGAGGGAAUCUGGUGGUCUGUGUUUUUCAUUUACAUCAUCUACACCCUCUUGCCUGUGAGGAUGAGGGCGGCGGUGCUUAGCGGAGCUGUCCUGUCCAUCAUACACGUGGUCACCACCUGGCAGAUCAACCAGGAGGACAAAUUCCUUUGGAAACAGGUCAGUGCAAAUGUCCUUAUUUUCCUGUGCACCAACAUCAUUGGAAUCUGCACCCACUACCCUGCUGAGGUUUCUCAGAGACAAGCCUUCCAGGAGACCAGAGGAUACAUCCAAGCCAGACUACACCUCCAAAGGGAGAAUCAACAACAGGAGCGUCUGUUGCUGUCAGUGCUGCCAAGGCAUGUUGCCAUGGAGAUGAAAGCUGACAUCAAUGCGAAGAAGGAAGACAUGAUGUUUCAUAAGAUCUAUAUCCAGAAACACGACAAUGUCAGUAUUCUCUUUGCUGACAUCGAGGGUUUUACCAGCCUGGCCUCCCAAUGCACGGCUCAGGAACUAGUGAUGACACUCAAUGAACUCUUCGCACGCUUUGACAAGCUGGCCUCGGAGAACCACUGUCUCCGUAUAAAAAUUUUGGGUGAUUGUUAUUAUUGUGUGUCUGGGCUGCCUGAGCCCCGUGCAGACCACGCCCACUGCUGCGUAGAGAUGGGCGUCGACAUGAUUGAAGCUAUCUCGCUGGUGCGUGAGGUGACAGGAGUUAACGUCAACAUGCGUGUCGGCAUCCACAGUGGCCGUGUACACUGUGGCGUCCUAGGACUCAGGAAGUGGCAGUUUGAUGUGUGGUCUAACGAUGUUACACUGGCUAAUCACAUGGAAGCGGGAGGCAAAGCAGGACGAAUCCACAUCACCAAUGCCACUCUGCAAUAUCUCAAUGGAGACUACGAAGUGGAGCCAGGUUUUGGAGGGGAAAGAAAUGCUUAUCUAAAGGAGAACAGCAUCGAGACCUUCCUGGUCCUCGGCUGCAGCCAAAAGCGGAAGGAAGAAAAGGCGAUGAUGGCUAAGAUGCAGAGGACGAGAGCCAACUCCAACGAGGGACUGAUGCCACGCUGGGUCCCUGACAGAACUUUCUCCAGGACCAAAGACUCCAAAGUAUUCCGACAAAUGGGCAUUGAUGAAACCUCCAGUAAAGACAAUCGCGGCGUUCAGGAGACUAUGAACCCGGAGGACGAGGUGGAUGAGUUCCUGGGACGAGCCAUUGAUGCUCGUAGCAUCGACCAGCUACGAAAAGACCAUGUCAAAAAGUUUCUACUAACCUUUCAAACCUCUAGCUUGGAGAAGAAGUAUUCCAAGAAGGUGGAUGAUCGUUUUGGUGGAUACGUUGCCUGCACUCUACUAGUAUUCUGCUUCAUAUCCUUCAUACAGAUUGUUAUUUUUCCACACACUCCAGUCAUGCUGGGAAUCUACAUCAGUAUAUUCAUCAUCCUGGCAAACAUCCUUUUCAUCUGUGCCAUAUACUCUUGCAUAAAGCUCUUUCCUGCUGCAAUGCAGACAGUUUCAAAGAAGAUUGUCCAGUCUCGCACCAACAGCACUCUGGUUGGAGUGUUUACCAUUAUCCUCGUCUUCAUCUCUGCCUUUGUCAACAUGUUUGCGUGUGACACCAAGAGCUUAGUGGAGUGUGUUGCGGAGAAGUCAAACACCUCUACGGCCAUGGUGACACCCUGUGUGAUCCGCCGAUUGAAUGUGUCCGUUGAAGGUGGUCUCGAGAUCUGUCCCGGUCAAGGCCCUUCCUGCCCCUUUCCUGAGUACUUCAGCUACAGUGUGCUGCUGACGCUGUUGGCCUGCUCAGUGUUCCUGCAGAUCAGCAGCAUUGGGAAGUUGGCACUGAUGCUGCUCAUCCAGCUCACCUUCCUGCUGCUGGUUGAGUGGCCACAAGUAGCACUGUUCGACAAUGCAGACCUCUUUGUCACCUCCAACGCCAUCGAUCUAAAUGAAACAAGCACUCAGUGGUCCAGUUUCAAUGAGACUACAAGCCAAUGCCCGUUUGUUGUGACCAAAGUGUCCCUGAGGGUCAUGACGCCAGUGAUCCUCACAGUCUUUGUGCUGGCACUGUACCUGCACGCACAGCAGGUGGAAUCAACUGCACGCCUCGACUUCCUGUGGAAAUUACAGGCCACUGAAGAAAAGGAGGAGAUGGAGGAACUGCAAGCCUACAAUCGUCGCCUCCUCCACAAUAUUCUGCCCAAAGACGUGGCUGCUCACUUCUUGGCACGUGAGCGGCGGAAUGACGAGCUGUACUACCAGUCCUGUGAGUGUGUGGCGGUCAUGUUUGCCUCCAUAAGCAAUUUCUCGGAGUUCUACGUAGAACUGGAGGCCAACAACGAGGGGGUGGAGUGUCUGCGUCUGCUCAAUGAGAUCAUUGCUGACUUUGAUGAGAUAAUCAGUGAGGAGAAAUACAGGCAGCUGGAGAAGAUCAAGACCAUUGGUUCCACCUACAUGGCCGCUUCCGGCCUAAAUGACUCCACUUAUGACAAAGAGGGUCGAACCCACAUUACUGCACUGGCUGAUUACGCAAUGAGACUCAGGGAGCAGAUGAAAUACAUCAAUGAGCAUUCCUUCAACAACUUCCAGAUGAAGAUAGGCCUGAACAUUGGACCAGUGGUAGCAGGGGUCAUUGGCGCACGAAAGCCUCAAUAUGAUAUUUGGGGAAAUACUGUCAAUGUCGCCAGUCGCAUGGACAGCACAGGUGUACCAGACUGCAUACAGGUAACGACAGACCUCCACCAGGUGCUGGCAAGUAAAGGGUACGUGCUGGAGUGUCGUGGGGUUGUUAAGGUCAAAGGUAAAGGGGAAAUGACAACCUACUUCCUCAAUGAUGGGCCACCCAACAGUUAGCAGCCACGGCAACAGCAGGUGGCUACUGCAGGGACACAGCACCACUGAGUGAGGACUCACAGGGUGUGCAAAUGGCUAAAACAACGGGAAAUGCCAUCACUUGAAUCCCAGGCAAGGAGGGGAGCAGGAGGAACAUGUCGGACUUUCAAUGGAAACAUGUUCUUGAAGAAAAAAACCAUGUCCCAAUUGAUGGCCAUUUUGGCAGUCUUACAACCCGAAGGACAGCUGUUUUUCUCAUGUUUGGCCUCUCUCAGGCUUCUUGAAAGAUGCAAAGUCUGUUUAUUUAAAUCAAUGCCUUUUAGCCUGUGUCAAAAGAAGAUUUAACGCUGUACAUAAGGCUACUUUCUUUUACAUCUUCAUUUUGGUUUUACAUGAAUUAAGAAGCGGGAUUAGUAUUUUAGUUCCAAAUUAUUUAUUUCAAUUUCAAAUGUAUUGUGCAAAAGGUCCUUUAUAAAAACGUGUGAAUACAUAAAGUGCGUGCACAAAUAUCCAGUUUACUACACGAUAAUAAAUGUGUAUGUACAUGUAUAUUUGUGUAUGAAUAUAAGUAUAAAAUGAAGAGGACUAUAUUGACCAAAGACUAAAGUAUUUACUAAAAGCAAGGCAAGACAUGUUAUGUGACAUGUUCUGGCGAAAGUCAGCAAUGAUGGUCGCCUAUUUGUAAGGCCUGAAACUUCUGUCUUCUUGCCCAGCUGCUGGCAGUAAAAACUGCUUCAUUGUUUUCAUAAAAUAUGUAAAAAAAAAAAAAAAGUAUUUAUUUUUGUCUGUCAUUGCGGCAGCAAAGCGCAUUAACUCUAAAUUAUAAUAGUGCCCUCAACCUUUAGAUGACUAAAGACGACUAAGGAUGUUUUGAAGAAGGCUGUAUUUGAAAUCUCUUUGUGUGAGUGUGUGUGUGUGUGUGUGCGCGCGCGCUCUUUUGAGGAGUACAAGUAGCUUCAGCUGUGUUUAAGCUCUUGUUUCACAACACAUUGAUUGCUUUUUCAGCAUUUGAGCCACCACUAUCCAGCUGGUUUAAGCCGUAACAGUAUGUCAACCACUCCUUCCCCUUUUGGAGGCGUAUUUUUGGUGCGAAUGGAAAUGGAGGAACUUAGUUAGAAAGCUGAUCGGAAGGAAUCAGGGAGAAAACUUUGGCGCAGCCUGAUUUAAGAACAAGAUGAAGAAAAGAAAUAUAUAUUGCUUUGACUGAAUACUGUGCUUUGUAAUCCUGGAGGGGCAUAACUAUUUUCACUGUGAGGUUUUUAUUCUACAGCAAAACUGCUUUCUUGCCAAACAUAACUGCUUUGAAGCAUGUCUUAUUGUGGUAUCUUCAGUUCAUUUUUGUUUGUUUUAACGUGGGGUAAUUUGUACCACUUCUGUAUCCAUCAUUUGUAUAUUCUUAAUGUUGUUAUUAUUAUGAUGAUUAUGAUUAAUUAUAAUGCUUAUGAUGAUUCAGUUCCAGUGAAAAAGGAUCAAAGACCAGCACGCUUUCUUGUUAAACACCAAUGGUAAAGCUCAAGCUUAGCAACUGUUCAACCGCAGUCACUGAAUUCUGCUAUUCAGUCCUAAUAUACAAUACAGUAUUUCCACUGGCCAUUGGUGCAAUCAUGUACAGCAAGUAAUAACUUGGCUGCGUUUGCAGCAGAGCCCAGUUGGUGUGUCAUCCCAUAAGCAUAGCAGUGAACACAUUUUUGAAGGAUUCACUGUGCUUCUUCUUCAUUUAAAUGUUCUUAUGACACUCCCGCAGUAUUGUAAAUCUCAGCCAGGCUUUUAAGUGAUGUCUCCUGUCCACACAGAACGUACCUAGUAUAUUUCCUGGUAUUAUACCACUAUGUGGUGAGUGGACGAGGGGGAAGUUGAAGGCUACACACAUUUUUUCAGUUCUUCUAUUAUUUUCCCAGUCUUUCAGGAACAUUUGUGCUGACGGCUGAGUUUGAUUGCCUUAAGUUAAUAUAAAGCAUAUAUUAGAAUAACACUAUACAGGAACUGUGCCUGUUGGCCCUUUCUGGACUGCUGAUGGAAAGAAAAGAAUAAGGGCUUGUUGAGAAUAUUCUCCGCGCAACAGGUCAUCACCCACCUUUUUUGCCACACUCAACGGCGACAAGCAGUUCGUACCAAAGCCAGCUCACGCAGCAUUGUGCUUUUGGUCCCUGCUGUGUGAAGAUGUUUGCGCUCAGGUGUGGCAGAAGCACCAGAAGGCAGCAAUGUAACGGAGAACACCAACUAGUGAACGGUGACCAGUAAAGAGUGAUUCAUAUGAGCAUAGAGUUUAUGGAAUGGACAAAGAGUUUAUAGAAUGGAUAUACAUUUAUAAAAAUGUGCAUUGUAUGUAUUCUAUUCCUACUGGUUGUCCAUGGACUUUUGUUAAUUGUUAAACUCUUGGGAUGUUUUGGGGUACCAGGAGAGGAAGGUUGCCCACACACAACUGCAAAAGUGUUUUUGCUCAGGCCUGAUAAAUAUCCUUCCGUACUUGUUUUGUUUAAUUUGUUGUUUUAUUUGUACUUUUUCUGCAUUGGAGGAGCUGAGAGGGGCGUGUUUUGCUACAGCCUGAUGACAAGAAGAGUUGAGGACUAUGACAAAGAGAAAAAUAAAAUUUCCCCUUGAAGAAAGAACAUUUAAAAAGAAAUCAAUGGCUCAUCUGUAUACUUUUACUUACUCAUGUUUCUAUAUGUGCUGCAUAAAUGUGUUAAUUGUGGUGAAAAAUGCUAGACCUAGUGUUUAUUCACACAUUUUCUUAUUGAAUUACACCUGCACAACUCCUUUAAUAAGACAUUUAAACAUGUUUUGUAACGAAAUUUGAAAGCAGUCAAAAGAAGCUAUUAUUUCCUGCAGGGGGCACCUAUGCCAUCCAUGAGUUAACUGAUUUAAGCCAGGGGUGUCCGCAGAUUUUUCCUCUGAGAGCCACAUUAUGAAAAAUUGAGUGAUGCGAGGGCUACUGUCAAAUUCUUCGACUUUAUUAUGUAUUAAACAUUCUAAAACAAAUCCAUCAGUUAUUAUGAAAAAAAAAAUCUGUUCGAGGUGGAAAGGCAAAGAUUUAAGAACAUUUCUGGAUUUUGGGGUGAGCCAAGACCCUGUAACUCACUAGAAUAUAUUUGCCCCUGCACUGAACAGCAGUUGGAUCCCAUUUCCCCAUUCAGAACCAA